CAUCAAAAUGCCGAUUCCGAUCAUUUCAAAGGUUCUUACCGAUGGAGUUGAUUCCAUACCGUGGUUAUGGACGGUCAUCAAGGUUGUGCCAUGGCUGAUCGCCAUUUAUGCCUUGAAGACAUACUUCGGUGGUGCCUCUAACCGUUCAGAGAGACUGAUGCGAUCGAAAGUCGUGAUGAUAACCGGAGGAACAUCCGGCAUAGGUGCGAUCGUGGCGAGGGAAUUGGCGAUGCGGGGAGCUCAGAUCGUGCUUCUCACGCAUGCUCCGUUGGCGGAUCCGUUUCUUGUGGACUUUAUCAUGGAUCUACGAGCCUCGACGAGUAAUGAAUUGAUCACUGCGGAGCAUGUGGAUUUGUCGUCGCUACACAGCAUACGUCUAUUUGCAACGAAGUGGAUAGAUAAUGCUCCGCCUCGUCGACUUGACAUGAUCAUCUUGUGCGCCAACACUCAAACGCCACCAGGCGGAGAACCAACUACCACGGAGGAUGGCAUGGAAUCGAGCUGGGGUAUCAACUACAUAGCCAAUUUUCAUUUACUCAGCAUUCUGUCGCCUGCUAUCCGAGCGCAGCCACCGGACCGAGACGUGAGAAUUUUGGUGGGCAUGUGCAGUUCGUACAUGGGAGGAUCGCUCGACGAGCUUUCAUCCAUGCUGGGAAAUGCCAGUGGUGAAAAGAACAAGAAGAAGACCGCCAAGCCAGCGAAGACAGCACUUCCAACAGACAUCGCACCGUUUCGGUCCGGCAGCGCGUUCGCAAAUUCCAAAUUCGCGCUGUUCACGUUCGUCAAUGCGUUCCAAAAGCAUCUAACUGCCUAUCAGCGCCCGGAUAAGCAGCCUAACAACGCCCGAGUGUUUAUAGUCGACCCAGGAUGGACACGCACACCAGGUAUGCUGCGCUAUCUGACUGCUGGCAGUCUUUGGGGCCUCGGGAUCUACCUUAUCAUGUGGCCAUUCUGGUGGCUGGUGCUCAAGAGUCCCUACCAAGGCGCCCAGAGCUUCCUGUUUGCCGCAAUGGAGGAGACUCUCCUGCAAACAGAUGGUGGCGUCUUCAUCAAAGAGUGUCGGCCAAGACGAGUGCUAAAGCCCGAGGUAGAGGAUGAGAACUUUCAGAAAGUCCUCUGGGAAGAGAGUGACAAGAUGGUAACGUUUUUUGAAACAGAAAGUGCGAUGAGGAGAGCGGUCGAGAGGAAGAGUAAGGACGGCGCGGAGGCCGUGAGCGGAAUAAAAGGUCAACAAGCGAAAACUCCAGGCUCGCGAAGGAGUCGGAAACAGAUAUCGUAGCACAGACUUGUUAGGUCACCUGGCAUCUCAUACCGAGCUCUACGUUUGAUGUAAGACCUCCCUUUUGAAAACUACAGUCGCCGAACGUCAUCUUCAUUGAUGUUUAGCGUUAUUCUUUCGCUUCAGAAGAAGCGAACUCAGGCGUCAAGUACGUGUCUCUGAGUCUAAGCAAGCGACACUAGAGACGAGCCGUCACAUAAGCAUAUAGAUGUAGAACAGAGUUGAUUCAGUUCCCAAUGAUGACAGUCAAAUUGGUUUUGAGUGGUCUUGCUGCUAAUUCAUCGUUGGUC